UCCCUCCCUCCUUUACAAAGGGAGAACCAGGAGAAAGCAAGUCAGUCGGUCUCCACAGCUGGCCUCAGUCGGAGGAGGAAGCGGAAGUGACGCCCUGUGUUCUGUAGUUAGUGAGAGCCGGAAAGACAGAGGGAGAGGGAGAGAGGAGAGCGGGGGAAGGGCCGGGCCCGGAGCCGGAGGGAGCCGCGGCCGCCAUCACCGCCUCUGCCGGGACCCCAGGGGGCAAGAUGGCCGAAAUCAGUGACCUUGACCGUCAGAUUGAACAACUACGGCGCUGUGAACUCAUUAAAGAGAGUGAAGUCAAAGCCCUCUGUGCCAAAGCCAGAGAGAUUUUGGUGGAAGAAAGCAAUGUCCAGAGAGUAGAUUCCCCAGUAACAGUCUGUGGGGAUAUUCAUGGCCAGUUUUAUGACCUUAAAGAGCUCUUCAGGGUGGGAGGUGAUGUGCCUGAGACCAACUAUCUAUUCAUGGGAGACUUUGUUGACCGUGGCUUCUAUAGUGUUGAAACAUUCUUGUUACUGCUAGCGCUCAAGGUCCGCUAUCCUGACCGAAUCACCCUGAUCCGUGGCAACCAUGAGAGCAGACAGAUUACCCAGGUGUAUGGGUUUUAUGAUGAGUGCCUGAGGAAAUAUGGCUCCGUCACUGUGUGGCGCUACUGCACUGAGAUCUUUGACUACCUCAGCCUCUCUGCUAUCAUUGAUGGGAAGAUUUUCUGUGUCCAUGGUGGCUUGUCUCCAUCCAUCCAAACACUGGACCAGAUCAGGACGAUAGACCGCAAACAGGAGGUGCCUCAUGAUGGUCCCAUGUGUGAUCUUCUCUGGUCUGAUCCUGAAGACACUACCGGCUGGGGUGUGAGUCCUCGAGGUGCUGGCUAUUUAUUUGGCAGUGACGUGGUGGCACAGUUCAACGCAGCAAAUGACAUUGACAUGAUCUGCAGGGCACAUCAGCUGGUCAUGGAGGGGUACAAGUGGCACUUCAAUGAGACAGUUCUUACUGUGUGGUCUGCUCCCAACUACUGUUACCGAUGUGGGAAUGUGGCAGCCAUCUUGGAACUGGAUGAACACCUUCAGAAAGAAUUUAUCAUCUUUGAAGCAGCCCCUCAAGAAACUCGAGGGAUCCCGUCUAAGAAACCUGUUGCGGACUACUUCCUGUGAAUGCGUCUCCCGUCUCCCCCUUGUGCGGCUUCUGUUUUCUAUCUUGGCUAGGGUGGGCAGCCCCUCUUUCAAGUUUUGGCAGGGUUCAGAUCUCUUCCUCCUUCCCUUUCCCCUCCAUGAAGCCCAAUAAACCCUCAGUUUCUGGACCCCUUAGGCUGAAAUGGGCAUAUUUUUCCACAAGACUGAAUCCUUGCCAGUCCCAUUAUGGUCUUUUCAUGCUGCCCUAAUUUGUAUUGUCCAUACUGCUUGGGACUUUUGGUCAUUGAAAAAAACCCUGAAAACUCUUGCUCUCAGAUCACUCCACACUAAGAUCCAAGCUAGUAAUGGAGACCAGAUCUGUAGAUCUUCCGGAUUUUGUACAGGAGUGGCUGACGGCUUCCUUGCCCAGCUUUCUGACUCAUCUGCAGUGCUUCUCUACUUAUUAGAAGGACUGGAAAUUACUAGUAGAGAAUAUAUAUUUGAUGAAACUGGACUUGGAAAUAGAGGGAUCAAGUGGCCAAAGAAUAUCUAUAGCUGUUAGGAGGACCAAAUCUUUGGAUUAGUUCUCUGAUUCUGUGCCACUUAGGUGCCUCCUGGUUUAUUCGUUUCUGGUCAGCUGGCCUUGGAACUCUAUGGUUUUGGUGCCAUUCCAUAACUCUUAAGCAAAGAAUGAAAGUGCUUCAAUCAUUGUCUGGUUGCUGGAAGACCUGACAUCUUGGUUUCUUGGCACUUUGAUUUAAAAUACAUGAUGUAGAGUGAUCUAGGUUAGUGGUUCCUUUGUGUGCCGCCACCUCCAUUCCCAUUGUCCUCCUUAAAAGGUGUUUUUUUGCCAGUAGAAUAUUUGACUGUCUCCAACUUACUGUACUAGAAAGUCCUGAUUUUUCAACAUGUAGUAGUCCUUCAGGGAAUUGGAGGUUCCAGAGUUUUCUAUAGAAUUCAUUUGAGUAUGAUGAAUUUAUUAAAUAUUUUAUUGGCAGAUCUGUAUUUCCUCCUUCCUGCCCCCUUCUCCCUGAACUGAGGAGACUGGGACCAUAUCACACAAAUCAAUUUGACCAAUAGGGUAUGUUCUCUUAUCUUUUCUCCUUCUAAUAUCUGGCUCCUUGUGGGGAUAGUGUCUUCAAAUCCUAUCCAAAUGCAGGUUUGAAUCUCUCUUCUCUUCUGUUUAUUCUUAAGAAGGGAUAUUCAAUCCAGAUAUUUUAGAAUUAAAGGGAGAGAGGGAACUUCCUGCCACUUUCCCCAUGUCUAGGAGGGGCUUUUUCCUCUCAUCUCUAUGAUAUGUCUCUUGCUCUGAUUUUAUUUUAUUUUCAUUUGGGGUUUUUCCUAUUUACAAUUUUAGAUAAAAAAUUCUAAUAAAACUCAGAAAAAAACAGACACAUAUUGUGUGUUGUAUAUUUCUCUCGCCAUGUGGUUUGUAAGUGCUACAGAAAUGUUUAUUCUAAUCUACAGAGCUUGAUCCUCACUUUUGUCAUUGCCUUUAUAAUCAGUUUGGUUCUUGCAGUGGUCAUGACUCCUGUACAAUCAGCGGUUCUCAACCUGUGGGUCCCCAGGUAUUUUGGCCUACAACUCCCAGAAAUCCCAGCCAGUUUACCAGCAGUUAGGAUUUCUGGAAAUUGAAGGCCAAAACAUCAGGGGACCCACAGGUUGAGAACCGUUGAAUUAAAAAAGAUUUCUGUCUUCUCUAGGCUUCCAGGUAACAGGGCAUGAAGGUGUGGGAAUCUUCAUGGCCUUCAGUCAUGCCAGAGAGACUGUCUUACUGUGAAACUUGGUAUGUAAAGUACCGUCUCAUGGUCCUAUAACUUUUUAAUGUUUUGGAAACAAAUGUUUAUAUAAGAAAUGUUGUUACUACACCCAACCACCACCAUCAGUGUUUCUGAAAAAUGUAGUGUGGAAAAGUAAUUGAGAACCCCAAACUAUUUCAAACGAUUAUAGUGAAAUGCUUUAAAAUCAUCAGGUUCAAAUUUGUUUAAAAUCUUGAUAGAAAUUGCUUUUGAAAUCUGGAAUUUUUUUGAUUUAUAUCAUAGUUCAAAUAAUCUGUGAGGAAUAUUCUGCUUAACUAUUGCCUAGUACAUUUUUUUUACUAUAACCAUGAUACAGAUUCAUGGAUAGAAAUGUCAUUAGAAGGAAGAAAAACACAAAUCAAUUCUUAAUUCUGAAAAGUUUCAGUUCAUCAAAAACAGAAUCCCUAUUAUAUGCAGACUGCUUGUUCAGAUUUCUUCCAUCUUCCCACAUUUUUGUUUGUUGGCCUUCCCUAUUUUUCUGUUUAAAGCAGCAAGGCCUUGCUAGAAAGAAACUGUGUGCAUACUGUUCAUAUAUGCCUCCAGCAAAAUAUGAGUGAUUGCAUUAUCUCCCGAACCAGUAAACUUUGCUUAUAAUCAUGGCAUUUAAUUAAAAGAUAUAUAAUUAGUA